GAGCUGGUAGAGAUCCAGAAUCUACUAGAUGGACUGGUAGAGCCUGUGAACCAGUCUAAGGACUUGGAACCAGUUCAAGCAACUGAUUUAUGUCUGCAGCCAGUUUGGGAAAUCGGUAGAGCUUCAGAACCAGUUAGAAGUCCUGUUAGAGUGUCAGAACUAGAUGGAGAAAUUGGUAAAGGGCUGGGACCAGUUACAGGACAUGGUGGUACCUCAGAACCAGUUUGAAUAAACUGGUGAAGGGAUGGUACCACUUUGAAGAAGUGAUGGAGGUUCAGGAACCAGUAACAACUCAAAACCAGUUUAGUGAAAUUGGUUGAGCUUCAGAAUCUCUCACACGAGAUGGUCCUGGAAACGAUUUAACGAAACAGAGAUGAGGGGCCGUACACCAAACACUCCGCCGGGUCGCGACCUCCGGAUGGAGCGCUGGCCAUCAGGAGGCAGAGUAUCCCAGACGAGUUUCGCGGCUGCUCGGUGGUGGAGCUGAUGAAGAAGGAAGGCACGACGCUCGGGCUGACGGUCUCAGGAGGCAUCGACAAAGAUGGGAAGCCCCGGGUUUCAAACCUGCGACAGGGAGGCAUCGCUGCCAGGAGCGACCAGCUGAACGUCGGCGACUACAUCCGCGCCGUGAACGGCAUCAACCUGGCCAAGUUCAGACACGAUGAGAUCAUCAGUCUGCUGAAGAACGUCGGUGAGCGCGUCGUGCUGGAGGUCGAGUACGAGCUGCCGCCUGUCUCGGUGCAGGGGUCAGGGGUCAUGUUCAAGAACGUCGAAGUGACGCUUCACAAAGAAGGAAACAGCUUCGGCUUCGUCAUCAGAGGUGGGACUCAUGAAGACAGGAACAAGUCUCGCCCCAUCGUCAUAACAACCAUCAGGCCGGGCGGUCCGGCUGACAGAGAAGGAACCGUCAAGCCGGGUGAUCGGUUGCUAAGCAUCGACGGGAUUCGUCUCCAUGGCAGCACCCUGUCAGAGGCCAUGAGCAUCCUGAAGCAGUGCGGGCAGGAAGCCACGCUGCUGAUCGAGUACGACGUCUCGGUCAUGGAUUCUGUUGCCACGGCGUCAGGGCCCCUGCUGGUGGAGGUUGCCAAGGCGACAGGCUCCAGUCUGGGCGUGGCUCUGUCCACCUCCAUGUUCUGCAGCAAGCAGGUCAUCAUCAUCGACAAGGUCAAGCCAGCCAGCAUAGCAGACAGGUGUGGUGCUCUCCAUGCAGGUGAUCACAUCCUGUCAGUUGAUGGGAAGUCAAUGGAGUUUUGUUCUCUGGCUGAAGCCACUCAGCUUCUCUCCGCCUCCUGUCAGACCGUCCGCAUGGAGAUCCUGCCACAGCACCAGGCCCGACCGGCCCUGAACGCACCACAGCAUGUCAAGGUGCAGCGUAGUCCCCGCCCACUCCCCUGGGAAACUGGUGGUUCCGCCCCCAUCCUCCCCCCCUACCACUACAACACGUACCACCCCGACCAAUCAGCUGCCAGAUCGCACAACCGCCAUACAAACAACCCUCCUCUCAGCCACUCGUUCUCUCCCGGCUCCAUGUCAGCCUAUAGUCUCUCGUCCCUCAACAUGAGCACCCUGCCCCGGAACAUGUAUCCCACAAGUCCACGGGGCACGCUGAUGAGGAGGAAGGCCAAGAAGAAGGACUUCAAGAGUUCCUUGUCUCUUGCCUCCAGCACCGUCGGUCUUGCCGGUCAGGUUGUUCACACGGAAACCACGGAGGUGACGUUGCUAGGCGACGGCAUCAUGGGGUUCGGCCUGCAGCUGCAGGGCGGAGUCUUCGCCACGGAAACACUCUCCUCGCCGCCGCUCAUAGCUUACAUCGACCCCGACAGCCCGGCCGAGAGGUGUGGUAUCCUGCAGAUCGGCGACAGGAUCUUGUCCAUAAAUGGAGUUCCUACUGAAGACUCAACCCUGGAGGAAACCAAUCAGCUGCUCAGAGACUCGUCCAUCACCGCUCAGCUCACACUGGAGAUCGAGUUCGACGUGGCCGAGUCGGUCAUCCCCAGUUCAGGAACGUUUCAUGUGAAGCUCCCAAAGAAGCCCGGAGUGGAGCUGGGCAUCACCAUCAGCUCUCCGUCCAAUAGGAAGCCAGGAGACCCUCUGAUCAUCUCUGACAUCAAGAAAGGCAGCGUCGCACACAGGACGGGGACGCUGGAGUUGGGAGACAAGCUGCUCGCCAUCGACAACAUCCGCGUGGAGAACUGCUCCAUGGAGGAAGCCGUUCAGAUCCUGCAGCAGUGCGAAGAGCUCGUCAAGCUGAAGAUCCGGAAAGACGAAGACAACUCAGACGAACAGGAAGUGUCCGGCAGCAUCAUCUACACGGUGGAGCUGCAGAGGUACGGAGGCCCGCUGGGAAUCACCAUCUCCGGCACCGAGGAGCCGUUCGACCCAAUCAUCAUCUCCUCACUGAGCAAGGGAGGGCUGGCAGAGAGAACCGGUGCGAUCCACGUCGGAGAUCGUAUUCUGGCGAUCAACAGCAGCAGCCUGAAGGGGAAACCGCUGAGUGAAGCCAUCAGUCUGCUGCAGCAAGCCGGAGAGACGGUGACUCUGAAGAUCAAGAAGCAGGGAGAACUGACGAGCCCGAAGUCCUGUGUGAUUGGUCCAGGCCUGGGGCCGGGGGCGGGGCUUGGCAUGGAGCACCAGGACGGGGAGGAGGAGCCUGUUGUCAUGGUUGCACCUCUGUCGAGCCAGAGAGCGUUCAGCACGCUGCCGUCGGUCGACAGCGCCGUGGAGUCCUGGGACGGAUCCAACAUGGACAGCAGCUUCACCACCCCGGCUCCAUUUCAGUCGUCUCCGUACAGCUUCCACGAGUGGCGCAAUGCCAAGGCAACCAACAGCCAAUCAUCUUCCUCCACUCGCCAGAGAGCCAAUCCGCUGUCAGAUCUGGGGCUGAGUGACGACGACUGGGACCGCCCACCACUCGGAGGAGCCUGUAAUCUGCCCAGCGGUCUAAUCACUGACAGCAGGUUCACUGUGGGGCAUGACGGGACAGAACCGGACCAGGAGGAGAACUUCUGGUCUCAGGCUCUGGAGGAUCUGGAGACCUGUGGACAGAGCGGCAUCCUCAGAGAGCUGGAGGAGUCUGGGAAGGAAGCGCACCUCCUCACUCCGGCAACCAUCAUGUCAGGCUCCACCCUCAGUCUGAACCAUGACCCCACCCCCCUGCGAAGCACACUGGGUCGCCAGGCGAGCUUCCAGGAGCGCAGCAGCUCCAGACCACAGGUGACAGCUCGGUCCAACACUUUGCCCUCUGACCCCCAGCGACGAGCCUUUGCCAUGAGGAAGAUGAGGCAGGAAGUCAACGAGAUCCUAAACCAGAACCCUGUGGAACUCCACAAGCUGACUCUAGAGAAGGCCUCAGAUCUGGAGGAUUUUGGUUUCAGUGUUUCUGACGGUUUGUUGGACCGCGGGGUCUACGUCAGCAACAUCCGACCGGGAGGCCCGGCAGAGCUGGGCGGCCUCCAAGCCUACGACCGAAUACUACAGAUCAACCACGUACGGACCAGGGACUUUGACUGCUGCCUUGUCGUUCCACUGAUCGCGGAGUCUCCGAACCACCUGGAACUCGUCAUCAGCCGAAACCCCACCUCCUCCACCUCCCUGCUGGCCAAUCACACGGACUGCACCACCAACAGCAGCCACGCCUCUCAGCCACUCAGCAGUGAGCUGGGACCGUCGGAGGGAGAGGAUAGCGGUCCGAUCAAGUGGACCUCACCGGGAGACGGGCUGAUGGCGGGGCUCGGGGUGGGGCUCGGGGUGGAGCAGGUGAAUAAUAAAUCUUUAUAGCAGAGGAAAACUGGAUCAAACCAGUUCUCACCAGACUGGACAGGAGAGGUCAACGGGGAGAACAAUACAACAAAGUUGAAUUAAACUGGUUUAGACCCGUCCAAACUGGUUCAGAGUGGACCCCCCAUGGUGCUACACACCCUCUGGAUGAACUUUGACCCUUGAACACUAAAGUUUGACCUUUGAACUGCUAAAGCAGCCUGAAAGCACACUGAUGGACCGGAGCAACUCCUCACCUUUUCAUCUGAACCAGUUCUGCAUACUGGUCCUACUGGUUCCCACUGGAACCAGACCUAUGACUACUGAUCCGACUGCAACCACUGGAGCCACUGGUGUAACUGGUCAAUGAUUAAUGGCUACUGAUUCUACUGCAACCAGAGCCACAGCCAAUGGUCUUACUGGUUCAAGACAUGUGGGUUCUGGUCUUAGUGGUGACAGAACCAUGGGUACUGAUUCCACUUAAUUCAGAGCUUACAGAACCACUGGCCCCUCUGAAGCCCCACUGAAGCCACAGCUAAUGGUCUUACUGGUCCAAGACACGUGGGUUCUCGUCUUAGCGGUGACAGAACCAUGGGUACUGGUCCAACUGAAACCAGAGCCACGGAGAGUGGUCCUACUGGUCUGGAACGUGGAUUCUUUCCCAUAGUCUUAGUGGUCACAGAAUCCUGGGUACUUAACGAGAGCCAUGACCACUGCUUAUAUACAUCCAGAACUGUGGCACCUGGUCUUACUAGAACCAGAACCAUGGCUUCUGGCUGUACUGGCCAAGAACCACAGCAGCACAAAGACUGAAUGGACUCCAGAAACCAGAAUCUGCUGAUGGACAGAGAGGUUGCCAAGGAGACUAGGGAUGCUCCAAUCAGACAGUUUAAGGCUGAUGUCAUUGGGAUCAUCCAAACUGGUUCUGAUUCAUGACCGGAUGUGACACCCACCACUGUGAUCCAUAUCAAAGUCUUACAUCACUGGUCCAAAACAUUAAGGUAUCAGCUGCUUGUCCCUCCGUGAGGUUCUGUAGGAAACACCUGAACCCUCCAUGUCUGAAUUACACGACGGUCUUUGGAUGAAUUCUGGGUAAAGAUCCCAUCUGGGUUUCGGGUCGAGGUGGGUUGUGUUGAGGCGUAAGAAGAAAAGUGGUUACAGUUAAAUGUUCAGUCUGAAGACGGUGACGUGAAGGUGUAGAGCUGAAAAGGUCUGAUUCUAAAAUCAGACAUGGUGUCGGUCCGGUUAGGAUGAGAAUCUAGAAGGAUCUGUAAAACCAAAACGAGAUGCAGGCCCACAAAUUUGAUUCAGACAUGUUGUUAAUCCUGCGAUUUGCAAAACUCUGACACAUCCAAAGUUAUUAGCUUGUAACCCAAAAAACACUUACAGAGGUCAACAUCUGCACCUGCAGCUGUUCGAGUAGGGGGAUCAGUACCAACCGAUACCGGUUCUGAAAGUUUUGGGGCUUAACAUAAGAUGCUCGAGUAGCACAGAAGACAAAAGUAACUGUCAGGACGACCCAACGUUUGUAGAGUUAGAUUGAAACUGUAAAUGUAAAUGAACAUCUUCUGCAAACCAGAACAUGAACCUGUUUAAUGCCACAGAAUCUUUUGGCGUCACGAACAGAAAUAAACCCAAAACCUAAAGAACCUCCAGCUGUUGAGUAACUGUUGUUGAGUAACUCGGACAAAGUUAAAUAAACCAUGUCAACAUUUAAAGUCCCCAAAGGCCGAAAAUGUGUCAGCCACUGAAGGCUAGAAUUGGAUUUAACAAAUGUAUAACCUGGUUCUUUCAUCUUCAAUCAAGAAGUUCUUAAUUUGAAUCAAAACUCAAACUUUUGACUCCAAGCUUGAAAAACUUUACGUAUACAUGAAUUAUAGCUGCCUUUGAGCAACAAAACAGUUUGCUCUCACGGCUUCUGUUUCCAGGGUCAAAAUUACAGUUGGAACCCCAAAGUUCAGACCCAAAGUCAGCUCGUACAUGAAGGCCUCAGUCUCUAUCUGCUGAGGAAACGCUUCAAAAUGUGCCAAUUUUCAAGUGGAAUUUGGUGGAAAAUAUCUUUAUAUUCGACAAAUUAAAAACUACAACCAACUGGAUUGGCGUAAAACAGGCAGCCAUGAUGGAUUCGGAAACAAAAACCUGUGUGAAAGACUUUGACUUUUAUUAGAUGUCGAUUUUAAAUACAGAAUGUGUAAAAGAAGUAGACGUAGCGUUUUGGGUCUGAGGAGUGAAGCCAAUGCGGAAGUGCCUUAAACCUGCAUUCUUUGUAAUGGCCAGCAGGGGGGGACUCCACUGGUUGCAACAAGAAGUCUAUGAGGAGUUGAGCCUACUUCCCACUCCAUUAAUUACCUCAGCAAACAGUUUCCUAAAUUGUUUAUGGUCUCAAUCUCUAAUUUAAUGUUUUCAACACAGCGUGAUGCUCAGUAAGUAAAAGUAUAAUAGAUAAUAACGAUCCAAUCAAGAAAUCCUCCCCAAGCUCCGCCUUCUUAUCCAAACAUGGUCACUUCUGGCUCAGAGAGAACAAGAUGGCGACAGCCAAAAAUGCCAAACUCAAGGCUUCAGGAUGGAAGUCCACGGACCGGCGGGAGACGUCACGAUGGCCACGCCCACUUCUUCUACACAGUUUAUGACCUGAAGACAAAAAAAAUCGAGUUCUUCCCAAUAAUCAUCAGCUGGUUCUGAUCGGAGCAUCCCUAACGACGCAGACACUAAGACAGAGGGUUUACUGUUAAGAUUUUAGUUCAGUGCCAUGAACGAGCUGCACACUGGAAGAGUAAUAAUCAUGUUGACAAUAAUGAUGAUGAUGAUGAUGAUGAUGACACUGAGCAGUUCAAUAAGAAUCUUUUUCUACUGUUUACACCUAUUGGACUGGCCACACUGUGUGUACGUAUGUGUGCGUGUCUGUGUGUGUGUUUGUUAUGUGUGUGUGUUAAACACAAGGCCAGUUAAAGCCCCUCCCACCUCAAUUCCUCGUCUUGGCUUAGCCCCGCCCUCCCACUUCUUCCCUUGACCAAUAGGCAGCCAGGAUGAGAGACAGACGGCAGUUCUGAGAGAUUCAGCUGAUUGGCUGGAACCAAUCAGGAAAAAGAAGAAGAAAAAAAAACCUACAUAGAUACAGAACGUCUAUAUCUAGGAAAUAAACCCUUUCCUGCCUGUCUGUGAUUGGUUCUCCUCAACACACAAACUGACCAAUCAGCUCCCAGGAAGAAGCCAAGCAUGCCCCCACCCCGACUUCCCUGACCCCCCCCCUUCCCCCCAGUAACAGUGAUCUAUUAUGCUAAUCGAUCGGUGUGUUUUUUGAUUGACUGUUGUCCGUUUUCUCUGUUUGUUUGUUUGUUUCCAUGGCGACUGAACCUUAAAAAGAUGUAAAAUAGAUUAAAAAUGGUUCAGUCCCGUCGCUGUUCACAUCGAAUCCAUCGAACCCCGAAAACCUUCACCUCAUAUCCACAGACAACGAUGUUACACCAGAAAAAUAUCCUGAUAAAACAGGAAACCUGUGACAGUAAAUACCUGUGUGUGUGUGUGUGUGUGUGUGCGCGCGCGCGUGCGUGCGUGCGAGUGAGCGUGUGUAUUUUGGAGUGAUGUCAACAGCUUCCUGCUCUCACCUCAUUCUGAACUCACUAUUUAAACUGGCCAAUCAGAACCCUCCCUCAGCACCAACCACCACCACCACCAGUGGAAAGCCUCCAUGAGUUUAACAACCAAUAGCCUGUCCUGUGCUUUGGUUUGGAGAGCUGUGAUUGGCUGGGACUGUGCAGCAGCUCAGAUAAGCUGUUUCUGUGUGGAUAGUUGUGAUUGGCUGUUCAACUCCGUCCCAAAUUCUGUUAACUGUAAUGUUUUGAAAGCACAGCGCUAGCUUGUAGUUAGCAUGUGGCUAGCAGACACUGAGCACAAGGCAAGCAUAAGCCUAACAUGUGGCUACCACACAUAGCACAAGGCUAAUACUUAAAACUCUUGUUACCACCUGGAAAACAUCUGGUGAAUAGUUGGUUAGCACACAGCUAACAGGAGGAUAACAUUGAGACAACACACCAUACUUAGCAAAUGGCUAACCAAGGUUGAACAACAGGCUAAUGCAACUAGUGUAUGGUCAGCACACACCUAGCACAAGGCUAACAUAGGGCUAACAUCUGGUGAACAUAGCUAAUAUUUGGUUAGCACACAGCUAACACAGGGCUUAUACCUGGCUAGUAUAGGUAACAUGUGGUCAGUAAACACCAAGAACAAUGCUAGCAUCUGUUUAACAGCUAGAUGUUAGCAUAGGGCUAACACCUGGCUAACAAAGUCGGUAUAUGGAAAGUGCACAUUAGAACAAAGUUAACACAUGGUCAACAUCUCCAAUAGAAGGUCAGCACACAGCUGACUUCAGGUUAAGCACAGACCUGGAACACAGCUAAGACAUGGUUAGCAGCUUAUAUCUAGUUAGCACACUGUUAACACAGGGCUAACACAACUAAUUGUUAGCCCAGGACUACCCAGCUAGUAUGUUGUUAGCACAGUGACUAUAGCAAGGCUAACAUGGGAGUGGUAAACACCUGGUAAACAGAGUUAACACUCAGUUUAGCUUAUAGAUAACAAGGUGCCUGUAUUCAUUUAGCACACGGCUAUUAUAGGGCUAACAUGGCUAAUAUUUAGUUAGCCAAUGGGUAGCAUUCACCAUAAUACUGCUAACAUUACACAACCACUCUGCUCAAAACAAUGCUGAACGUGCUAACUGGAAAGAGAGCCUUGCCAGGUCUUUAGCGCUGUUAGCAUUUUAGCGCUUAGCCAAGACAAACUGUUCCACCAAUGGGAAAAAGCCACGGAGCUGAGAGGCGUGGCUUCAGGAGGGUUUGAUGAGUGAGAUCUUAAGCCAUACACACUGUGUUUGUGCGCAUGUAUCAACUGUGUGUGUUUGUGUGUGUGUGUGUGUGUGCCUGUGUGUGUCUGUUGGAGUGUGUGUUUGUACAUGUGUGUAUGUGUGAGUGUGUAACAUUGCAGGGAUUUGCACUCUAGUGAUUCACCUCAGCAAGAUGUCCACCCACACACACACAUACACGCACUCACACACAUGCACACGCACACAAACACACACAUACACACACAUGCAUUGCACUGCCAUUUGAAAUAGUGGGUCAGAUUAGUUUCCAUGUAGCUUCACCAACCAACCAAACUGUAUUUUUCUUUAAAGGAACAGGGAUGUUGUAAAGUAUUUUUGUACAAAUUUAAUACUUUGGUAGCAUGACGUUCCUGGUGUUUGUCCUGUCGGGCUCCACUGCUCUCCUCCACCCCCCUUUGUAUGGACGACUACUGAGCAACAAUAAAGAUGAAGACCUGCUGGGA